GUCGUCACUUGUUCACCAUCCGGCAAACGGUACACUUUUAAGAUCCCGUCGUGAGAUUUGCAGUUUUUAUUUCAACGGUAUCGCGACGACCCUGUAGAAAAUUCUAAUGUCAACUCGGCGGGAGAGUAACAUUGAAAGAGUAACUCGUUGAAACAUGAAGAGAUUUCUGUGGACUCAGCGACACGAGGAGAACGGAUUAUUACAAAUUAUUUGUUGCGAAAGGGAGAUAGCCGGUAGAAGAAUGUUAAUUCUCUUUCGAGUGAGUGAGGUCGUUUAUUGCCGCGUGACUCAAAUAAGAAAAGCGACCGAACGGUCUCGCGAAUAGUGACUGAUUGUGAGACUCGUGAAUAAUGAACGCGUCGGGCGACUAUUACGAGAACAUUAGCGAUGAAGCGGAUUAUUUGGAAAGGGUACGGGGCCCCAAGUAUUUACCCUUGACGCUGGUACUUCCCGUCACUCUCGCAAACACGACUAUGCAGACUGCGACGAAUUAUUAUUUAUUCAACUUGGCGAUAUCCGAUUUGCUGCUUUUGGUGUUAGGCUUACCCUUCGAAUUGAACAUAUUUUGGCGACAAUAUCCAUGGCAAUGGGGAGUGGGCAUAUGCAAACUGAGAGCGUACGUCUCCGAAACGUCCUCUUACGUGUCGGUUCUAACUAUAGUGGCGUUCUCGGUAGAAAGAUAUUUGGCGAUCUAUCAUCCACUUCGUCAUUACGGGAGUGGUCUGAAGCGUUCAAUGCGAUCUAUAUUCGGUAUAUGGCUGAUAGCUUUGAUUUUUGCUAUCCCGUUCGCUGUUUACAUCGACGUCGAUUACGUUGAAUAUCCAGAAAAUUCGAAACUGUUCGAAGAAUCCGCGAUUUGCGUGAUGUUAAGAGAAAACAUGCCCGACUUCCCGAUUUGUCAGCUCAGCUGUACCCUCUUCUUCCUCGUGCCGAUGGCAUUUAUCGCGGUGCUCUACCUGCGGAUAGGGUUGAAGAUACAAAAAGACACGCUGUCGAUGAACGUCGAGGGAUCUGUUCAUGGGGAAACGAAGCAGGCUCAGUCACGGAAGACCAUCACACGAAUGCUGAGUGCUGUGGUGAUCACAUUUUUCAUCUGUUGGGCGCCGUUUCACGUACAGCGUCUGUUAUACGUGUAUCAGGUCACGAUGUCCGACGAUGUGAGUCAAUGGGUGUACGCGCUCACCGGUUGUCUUUACUACUUCAGCACGACCAUCAAUCCCAUUCUAUAUAAUGUGAUGAGCGUGAAAUACAGAAAUGCUUUCAAGGAAACUUGUCGGUGUUCACCGAACAAUCCAUCCAUUAGCAGAGUUGGCCUGACAAUGAGUAGCAUGAGGGAAUCAAGUACAAUUUGUGGCGCCGGGCCUAGCGGAGGAUCCCAAGUGUUUCGAGUAAGAAGCGUGAAUUAUCAUCGUACCAUGAAGUACAGCAUGACGGGCAGCGUCGAAAACAAUUCGCGCGUGACAGCUCAAUUAAAUUCGGACGAUGACGAGAGAGUGAAACGACGUAACACGGUUGCGAGCGAUUCAUUGACGGCGGACAAAAGUGUGCAUUUUUUACAAGAGCCAAAGAAGUUGGCGUUCCUCGUACAGGCGAAAAACGGACGUCUUAAAUGCCAAAUGUCCGAUAACUCCCACGCGCUGUCGAACGAGACGCAUAUUUGAUCGCCGAGCCGUGAAAGAGAGGUGAAGGGUUCGCGUGUAUCGAAAUUCCUUCACCGCUUUGGGAGCAACGAAAAACUGGGUUUCACGUGCACGCUAGAAUCGAUUGAGAAUAUUAAACAGCCCUUUGAUGGCCGUGAAAUUUCAUUUGGGAGUAUUAGGGGUAGGAAGUAUGUACAUAUGAAUGUCUUCUUUUUAUUACGCUUAACUAGUCUUUAAAAUAUUCAUAUCAAUAAAAGCUACUGCUACAAUUUCAGAAACGAUGAAAGCGGGUGAACAGAAAAAUGAAAGUGUUAAAAUGUGCAGAGUACUGAUGUUUUAUAACGAUCUCGAAUGUUAUAAACUGUACUCACUUUUUAACACAGUAUCGAUGUGGUUUCGGUAACUCAUUGCACUUAACUGUUGAUAUCAGCUCGUUCCGAGUGCAACACGAAUCUGCAACUUUAUCAGUGGACCUGAAUCUAUUAAGCGCGUAAAUACGUCUCGUCUGAAAUUGUAACAAGCAUAUAUUACCACAUUAAAUGUCGCUUUAUAUUACGUCUGGUAAUUUAUAUCCUUAUUCAAACUCAAAUCCCCCUUCUAUUUUUAUACGAUUUAAUAUAUUCCUUUAAUGCGUUUCAUGAAAUGUAGAUCUAGUUAUUUUAAGAAGUUACGAAUUCCCGAAUUCUAGAAAACGAUGGCGUUCUUUUAGCCAUAUAUUACUCGAUAUGGAGCUCACCUUAGUACUGCCAAGAGCUUUUUAAACAUUCAAGACUUGGAAACUUUUUUCGAACGAGUUGAGGAAGGAAAAGGAAAGGUGAAGAUAGUCGUCGAUAUUUUCCCAUCUAAUAUUUGCCACCAUCGAAUAUGGAAAAUAAAUGAAUAAAGAUUUUCGAAUAUCCAAUUCUCUCUCUCUGUAUUUACUCUUGGAUGAAAGCAGAGAACAUAUUACCUACUGUGAUAUUUUUUAUCAACGAAACUGUGCAACUUUAAUCUGAAAUAAUGUACCUCAAUGUUUUUAAAAAAUAUUGGUCUUUUCUCAGUCAAUGAAUUUUCUACAAAAUUUUAUUGCUUCUCUGAAAAUUAUUGAAACUUUCAAGACGUUUUCAGACACGCUUUGAACUUUACGAACAAAUAUUUAAUAUUUUAAAUUCAAAUUAGAGUAAUCAGGCGUAGCUUUAAUAUUAAAGUUGUAAGUCUUCGUUGUGAACAAUUAACAGCAUAGUUUUGAUAUACGUAUAGUAAUAUACUACUAGGAAAGGAGGUAAUUGAUGCACUUGUGCACUAAAAUUAUUUAAGAAACAUGUUGAACCAGCGUAAGUCAUGUAUCACUUUGAAAAUUAUUCAUAUCGUAGUAGAUAUGCAUUUGGAACGGUACCGUAACUCAUUCAAAUAUUUAAAGUACAAUCUCGUAAGCAAUA